AUGUCCACCGCUCACAGACCAACAUGGGACCCGGCGCAAGCGAAGGAUACGAAGGGCGCCUCGCGUCUCAUGUCCGCCCGGGACAUGAACGCGCACACGAAGCUUAAGUUUCGUCAACCGGGCCAGACAUCUGUCGAUGAGGUCAAGAGACGUGACCUGCGCGCCGAGCUCUUACAGGCCGAAGCCGAAGCGCGGAACAAGAAGCGCAAGGCUGCCGGGUUGCCACUGGAGGACGUGCCGAGCGUGGCUGGCGCCAUCGAGGCGGCGCCGGAGGAGGAAGAGAGCAAUAAGCGGAGAAAAUUGCUGCAGGAGGCGCUGGAGAACGACAGGGACGCCGACUCUGACGAUGACGAUGAGGACGGGGAUGGUGACGACAAGAUGGAUGGUGCGGGGAAGAAGGCGGACAGCGACGAGGAUGAUGACGAGGACGAUUCUGACGAUGAGGAGGACGAGACAGCGGAGUUAUUGCGCGAGCUGGAGAAGAUCAAGCGGGAACGUGCGGCGGAGAAGGAGCGCCAGGAGCGCGAGGCGUCCCAGUCGGCACAGGCAGACAGGGAGCAGGAGAUUGCAACCGCAAAUCCGCUCUUGAACUUGGCCGCUGCGCUAGGCACACCGCAGGGUGUGAAUACGAACCAGAAGGGGACGUUCGCGGUCAAGAAGCGCUGGGACGACGAUCAUAUCUUCAAGAACCAGGCUAUGAACGAGAAGGACAAGUCCCAAAACGGCUUUGUCAACGACCUCUUGCGGACAGAGUUCCACAAGAAGUUCAUGUCUCGCUUCGUCAAGUAA